UUUACGGUUCAGUUGGUCGAAAAUGUCACGGAUAUUGGUUGCGUUCCUGUUGCUCGGAGUGAGCUGCUCCCUGGCAGAUCCUAUUCCCCGGAACGAAGAGGCUACAAUCCCUCGGCUCGAUGGACGCAUUGUCGGUGGACAGGACACGAAUAUCACCCAUUAUCCGCAUCAGAUCUCUAUGAGAUACAGGGGAAAUCACCGAUGCGGUGGCUCUCUUGUCACACCAAACAAAAUCAUCAGUGCGGCCCAUUGUGUGAACACCCUGGAUGGUCCGGCAAAUCUUACCAUUGUGGCUGGUUCCUCGAAUAUCUGGUAUCCCACGGGUCCCCAGCAGGAGCUGGCUGUACGUGAGUUCAUCAUUCAUCCGAAGUAUCGAACCCUGAACAACGAUUACGAUGCGGCCAUAUUGAUUUUGGAUGGAGAGUUUGAGUUCAACGAUGCCGUACAACCCAUUGCCUUGGCCAAGGAGCGUCCGGAUCACGAUACACCCGUAACGGUGACCGGUUGGGGAACCACCAGCGAAGGUGGCACCAUCUCCGACGUCCUGCAGGAGGUCAGCGUGAAUGUGGUGGAGAAUACGCAGUGCAAGAGCGCCUACUCCAUCAUGCUGACCAGUCGUAUGCUCUGCGCCGGAGUCACCGGCGGCGGAAAGGAUGCCUGCCAGGGCGAUUCCGGUGGUCCGCUGGUCUACAAGAACGAACUGCUGGGCAUUGUCUCCUGGGGAACGGGCUGUGCUCGGGAGAGGUACCCCGGAGUAUAUUGUUCCGUUCCGGAUGUUCGCGAAUGGCUGGAGGAGACGAUUGAGGCCAACAAGGAUGUGGGCAAAAUUGACUUCCUGUAAAUGUCUAACAUCCUCUGGUUUCACAUAACACCGAACUUUUAACACUUUUAAUAGCUCCAAAAUUACAUAA